AUGACCGGGAGCCACCCUGUUAGGCUCCUGUUUACGAUCAGUUUGGCAUUACAGAUCAUCCAUUUGGGAAAUAGCUAUCAAAAAGAGAAACAGAAAGGCAGUAGAGAAGAAAUCAACAAUGCUACAGCUCAGAAGCUCCAGAAGACACUCAGCUGGACUUCGAACAACUGGAGGAAGGGGACCCGGAGCGCGGAGCGCUGGCGGCCACAGGACUCACCUCCCGACUCCCGGGCUGUCCGAGAGCGGGCGCCCCCACGGCCGCGCUGCUGCAGGAACGGCGGCACCUGCGUGCUGGGCAGCUUCUGCGUGUGCCCCGCCCACUUCACCGGCCGCUACUGCGAGCACGACCAGAGGCACAGCGAAUGCGGCGCCCUAGUGCAUGGAGCCUGGACCUUCCGUGGCUGCCUCCUCUGCAGGUGCGUCUUCGGGGCCCUGCACUGCCUCCCCCGCCAGUCACCCGUCCGCUGUGUGUCCUUAAGUGUCCUUUACAGUGAGCAGUUUUUGGAGCACACAAGCUGGGCAGGUGACGAUGGUGGUGUCUCUGCUGACAGUGGUCAUGAUGACGUAAGGGUGACGACGACGACGAUGAUGAUGGCAGCUGUGCUGAUGAAGGUUCAUGAUGAUGUGAGGAUGAUGAUGAUGAUGGCAGCUGUGCUGAUAGGUAGUUAUGAUGACAUGAGAGUGAUGAUGAUGAUGGCAGCUGUGCUCAUGAACGUUUAUGAUGAUAUGAGGAUGACGAUGAUGAUGAUAGCAGCUGUGCUGAUAGGUGGUUAUGAUGACAUGAGAAUGAUGAUGAUGAUGGUGGAAGCUGUGCUGAUGAAGGUUAUGAUGACAUGA